UUCUAAACUCCACCUUCUCACUCUCUCUCCCCUUAUCGCUUCGGCUCCCUUCACCAGUUUCUUCAGAGAGAGAGAAAGAGAAAGAGAAAGAUGAGUUCCUCAAUCUUCACACCUGCAUCUAAAACAGUCUUGAAAAAGAACCAAAAUCCUGUGGUGCAGAUUGGCUCUCCUCUUCAGCGCCGAGCUUCUUGCAAACUUAGAAGAGCUUCUUCUGCAACGGCUUUGCUUUCCACAACCAAAGAGACGAUCUUGAAGGAUUUUCAUCAACGAAGAGCCCUCAAAAUUAUCUCAGGAUUGCAAAAUUUUGACAGGGAUAAUGUGGCUGCUGUUGUUACUGCUGCAGAUAAGGGAGGUGCAACUCAUGUAGAUAUUGCCUGUGACGUGGACUUGGUGAGACUUGCAACGCGCUUGACUGCCCUUCCGGUGUGUGUUUCUUCUGUUGAUCCAUCAGCAUUUCCUGCCGCAGUUGAAGCAGGAGCCUUAAUGGUUGAGAUUGGAAACUAUGACUCAUUUUACGAAAUGGGCGCGUUUUUCUCAGCGGAGCAGAUUCUUAAUUUGACAAAGGAAACUAAGAGGCUGCUUCCAUGGGUUGUACUUUCAGUUACCGUACCACAUACACUAAGCCUUCCUGAUCAGGUGAGGCUGGCUGAGCAAUUGGAGGUAGAAGGAGCUGAUAUCAUCCAAACUGAAGGAGGAAAAUGCUCUACUCCUUCCAAAGCUGGUGUUCUUGGCCUAAUCCAAAAGGCUACGCCAACACUUGCCGCGGCCUACUCCAUCUCUCGUGCAGUUCGAAUCCCAGUUAUGUCUGCUUCCGGACUAACUUCUGUUACCGCACCCAUGGCCAUUGCCGCUGGAGCUUCUGGCGUGGGUGUUGGAUCGGCGAUCAACAAGCUAAACGACGUCGUUGCUAUGAUCGCGGAGGUGAAAAGUAUCGCGGAGUCGUUGGAUGGGGAUUUAUCAAGGAGGGAAGGACAUGUGUUUGAUGCGAGCAGUUUUGAGGCUUUAAGCACAAACAAGUUUUGACGGAAAAAACUAUCUUCUUUAUAAUACAACCAGUUUUCAUGAUUAUUUAAUGUUUUAAGGUUCAUAUGAUUUGUAAACCUAUUCAUAAUUAGUCAUAUGUUUCGAAUUUAUUCUAGGCC